AAGAGGGAGAAGGAAAGUAGAGGAGAGAGAGAGAGCGCUCUGGUGCUCUCACCAUGAAUGACUCCCAGUGUCUGGAUGACUGGCCCGCGGGCCGCCAGGGGCUGAGCUCAGGGCCUCUCGGACAGGGGGUGGCGGUGGGUCUGGAGGAGGUGUACAGUGAGAGCCACAGGUUGGCCCUGGAGGUGCUGGUGGCCCGGGGGGAGGAGGCCUACACCAGCUUCCUGCACAGGGAGAGGGUCCAACCCUUCCUGUCCUCAGAGGAGAUCAGCCACAUCCUCAGGGCCACCAUCAGCCCCAGCACCAGGGAGUCCGGCUGUGAGGCUCUGGACCAGUCCCUGGACUGCUCCACAGGCACCUACUUCCCUGAAGCCUCAGAUGUGGAGGUCCCAGUGCUGGACCUGGGGUGGCCCACCUACCCGGACACCUGGUACCGCGGGGUGACCCGGGUGGACGUGCACUUCCAGCCCAGCUAUGGAGAGGUCAUCUACCCCUGCAAGGAGGCGGUCAGGACUCUGAUCCGGAAGGCGAAGAAGGUUAUUGCCCUGGUGAUGGAUUCCUUCACCGAUAUCGACAUCUUCAAAGAUAUUCACGAGGCUUGCAGCAGGCGGAUGAUCCCGGUCUACAUCAUCCUCGACCACUCUGGGCUGCCGCAGUUUCAGCAGAUGUGCCAGAACGCUGGUGUCUGGCUGGAAACGGAGAGGAAGCUGAGAGUUCGCACUAUCACAGGGUGCACGUACUACACGAGAACAGGAGCCAGGAUUAUUGGCAAAGCCAACGAGAAAUUCAUGUUGAUUGACGGAGAUAAAGUGGCCACUGGCUCCUACAGUUUCACGUGGACUGAUGGAAAGCUGAACCGCAGUAACCUGACUGUGCUCUCGGGUCAGGUGUCUGAGUUUUACGACGAGGAGUUCAGGAUGCUGUACGCCCAAUCCAAGCCCAUCACACCCAAGUCAGCAAGUCCCAGCAAAAGAGGCGUUUGCAAGGAGACGGCAGGCAAAGCUAAAGAGCCUCUAGCUAUUGCUAACGUGUUGGAACAAGAAGAGGUGACCUGCUCCCCCAGCGAUCAAAAGCCCGGGAACAAUGAGCUGCAAAUCGAGGAUACGUUGUGUUUGCAGAUCUCCAAAAAGCGCAGCCACAUUUCAGAAGCAUCUACCCUCGGAGACCAAGCUCUGCUUGAAGAAGAGGAUGUUGAGCGUAAGGAGAUGAAGAGCGUGAGUACACAGACUGAGGAGGAAGAACCGCUGGUAACGAGGGGGACAGCCACCCAGACGUGCGUUUCAGCGAACGAGCAGGCGACUCAAACCGCUUCCCCACUGAAAUCAGCUGCAUUUCAGAUGGCAGGCUCCUGCAGAUCUACCGUCGCCCAAACUGAAAUGACCUCCGCCAGCGGGAGACAAGCCCCCACAGAGAAGCAGGUUAUAGAGGAUCCUCCAGCCAGCAGUAACCAGUCCGCCUGCUCCAAAGUACAGCCCCUCUCCAACUCCAGCUCUGACAAUAGCUCCAGGAGUUCGCGAAUCCCCUUCGACUCUGAGGAUCCAAUCUAUCUCAGAAGCUGCACAAAGCCCACGAUCACUGGAUUCCAUGGUGCCAAUUCUACCCUGAGGCACAGCUUUCUGAACCUGACCAAAGAACGGCGAUAUCAUUACUCCAACAUUCGGUCCAAGCUCGACGAUAUGUUUUCAAUCCUGUCGAGGAGACGAGACGUCAUCAAGUACCAGGGCCGUGAGCCGGGCAAGUACGCCUUGAGGAGCAGCAACGAUUUGGUGAAUAGGAACGGAUUUGUGCGCCUGAGAGAUAUGCCCUUGUUGGCCUCGAUGGCACUUCGAAACUAAGCCAUUUGAGUUGAACAUAAGGACAUAAGAACUUGCUAGGUGAAGACUAGAAGACCAAGGUCCAUCUAGUUCGCCUUCCACCAUCCU